AUGUUUGAUUCGGUCAUGGUACCACUGUUUGAUGCCGUGUACUUAACAGUUGCAGGACCUCGCAGCUAUGAAGCCCAACCCCCAAUUCAGAUUUUCUGCGUGCUCCUUGAUCUUGCAUUACCAUUCUCGAACCUCUUAGCUGAGCCCCGCGGAGCCAUGAAUCCUCGAACAUCUCGAGCUACACCAUUUCAAGAACCAUCUGUCAUUGUCAAGAUUGAUCAUAUAGAAGUUGAAGAGGACUUACCAGUAGUCCAAAUGACUGAUCCUCCAAGAUCACCAACGAAACGACGAGUAUUAGAUGUCGCUUCCCGCACGUUUCGUCGCCCCUUCAAACGCAGACGAACAUCAAAGCAUUCCGCAGAAGAAAGCGUAGACUUAUCUUGUCCCCUGCCACAAGAAGACCUCCAUACGGCCAGGCCUUUGCGCCUCACAGCUGCCGACAGCAGCGAAGAGUCUUCAGUCGUUGACAUCAACGAAGUUCCUUCAGAAAUCACUCCUGCGGACCAAGCUCCCCCAUCAUCAGAGGGAUCCCGCAGAAAAACAUCCUUGGUCGAUAGAUUUAAGAAUAUAGGGAACGUCGCGGACCUCUUCCGUCGUAAAGACUCAGUUAUGACCCCGGGCUGUCCGCCAGAAAUCGGUUCUCCCGGCAUACAAAGUCGCGGCGCUCUGGAGAUUUCGCACGAUAAUGAUCAAGCCUGGUAUACUACGGCAGAUAACGGCGCAAUGGCAUUCGAAGGCAUGGCGCACUUUCCAAAUGUAAGCCAAUUCUUCAGCCAGAGAAGAAUUACUGGGGAGUCCAGCAUCUGGUACACGACUGACGAAUAUUUGUCGUGGCAGGACUCCUUUCUCGAAACCAUAAAGACUACCCCGGCAACAAGUCUCGAAGCGAAUGCCGAAGACAGACGCUGGCACAACUUGACGGGCUAUAGCCCCGAACCGAGUUCAGCUCGCGAGCAGUCGCCUCAGAAGUCAUUGGUGAAAAAUGUGUUCGACCUCGUAUUCUCGUGGCUGUCUAAGCGCCCAAGCGAGAAGAGUCAAGGCAAGCAACCGAGACUACAAGAUGAUCUGCCACCAUCCCCUCCGCUGUCGUCACGAGAUAGUCUUUUCCCGGAGAUCACAGUCCGCCUAGCAGCGCCAGAAGGUACUCCGAGCUCAGCGAUACAUCCUCUUACUACGCUAGCCAGUGUAAUUCCGCCGAUGUAUAAUGAAGAUUGGACAGUUGUAGUAGGACGGAACUCCCUCGCCAUCCCAGAGGCGAGCUGCUCAAGCUCCGAUUCCAGUGUACCGUCACGGACACUGCCAUUACCACGACCAGACAGUCGAGCAUCAAAUCCUAUCCCGGCUACACUGCCAAAUGAUCAUCAUCUAGCAGCACCCCCACCCGGCCGCCCUCAUGUACGCCCAUACUCAUCGAACGAAAGCUUUGGCGACUCCUCGACCUCGUUGUCUAGCUAUGGGGACUCGAACCUCAUUGCUCAACCGACAGGAUCUGUCCACCAAGCUGUACCCAACGGCGCUGCUGCAAGCUCCUCGAAUGCUGGCGCCGAAGGUCGAUCUCUACCAGUUGAUAUCCCAUCUUCGAACAAUAACAAUCACCGGUCAUCUACGUACCCAGAAGUGACAGCAAGACCUUCUGAAUACCACUACCUCCCCUCACGUACAGUUUUCCGAGUUAUUGAUGGUAGUGAAGCCUCGAUGAGAAGCUACGGCAGACACGGCGACCGCCCGGGAACUCCUCCGCUCUCCUCUUAUCACAGACAUACCAUUAUCCCUUCAUCUAGCACUAUGCAGACACCAGAUCUACCGUCGUCGCAGCGUCCUGCAGUACAUCGCAGGGAGAUAAGUGGCGAACUCAUCUUCCGCAUGUCUGCACCUCCAUCUCCAGAAGAUCUCACGCACUCCGAGCCUCCUUGGGCAGCACAGAGGCAGCUGCGCAUGGUUGUGGACGAACAGCAUAGGCCACCUGGUAUCCUUGCGCACCAAGGCUCUCCGGAGCAGUCUCUAAGUGUGCGAAGGGAGUUACGUCGUUCUCGAGACGACAGACUUCGCCCAAACUGGUGGACCAAUGCACUCCAGGGCUACGAAAUGCAAUACGGUACGCUAGCAGCAGAUGAUUCGGACGCGUCGUGA